CAACCCUGGUUAUGUACUUGUGUUUACACUAGUGAGAAAUGUCUUCCGUAUUAUAAAGUGAUGUACAAUGUUUUGGUCACGCAAACGGCUCCACAAGAGCAUUAAUGAAUCUCAUCAACCAGGAAAUGAGGAUAAAUCGUCCCAAGCUGUGGAGAAUCCAACGAAGCCACACUUAGGUAUGUCUGCUGGUACUUCACUUCUCGAAAUAUAUGGUGAUGUACAUACACAAAAAUGUAGCCCUCAGGAUCAAAAUGUGGACAGCAGUGAAAACUUGAAUUGUAGAAUCCUGGAAACAAGUAGGAAUUCUGAGGACAAGAGUAAGACAGAGUGUGUGACUACAUCCCUUGACAAACUUGAUAGUUCUGCUGUGGAUGACUUUCCCUCUGAGUACCCAAAUUAUAAUGCUUCCAGUGACAGUAAAGCUAAUAAGAAUGUUGAAGUUGCUGAAGAAAACAAUUAUGAGUACUUUUUAUUGCAUUGUUGCAUGUGUUCAAAGUAUUUUAUAAAUGAGGCAGACUUUUUAAGGCACAGGUAUAGUUGUGUUAUUUUAAAAAAGUGUGCUGUGUGUUCUAUGACUUUUAAUACUCAUGGUCAUCUUCUUCUUCAUGUCAAGAGAGAAAAACACGAAUUUAAUUUUAUGAAAUGGAAAAUGGUGUCAUAUACAAUGUUGCUGCAACUUAGGGAAGAGGGAAAGGUGACAUUAAUAGAUCUAAAGGAUGAUCAUAUGAUGAAGAGAAUCAAGAGAAGAGAGUUAAAAGGACAAAAAAAUUUGGACAAAGAUUAUAAAGUGCCAGGUAGCUGCAGUGAUAAUAAACAAAUUUUAAAUGUAGUUGAUAAUUGUAGUCAAUCUGAUAUAGUAAGAUCUUUACUUAAAGAAUGUGUUUCAAAACUGAGGGAUUCCGUUACAGAAAAAAAUAGAAAAAACAUUGCAGCGAGCUCAGAAUAUUUUGAUGGAAAGUUUCAUGAUCUUCCAGUAUCAAAUUCAGAAACUGUAUCAGAUUCAAAAUCUGUUCAAAUUUCUGGCAAGAUGAUGUUGAGUGCACCAAACUCUGUUGAGGUGCUUAGUGAAAAACUUUGUUUUGGUUUAGGAAGCUCAGUUGAGAAGAAUCACAGUAGUGAGGAGGCACUUCAUAAAACCAGUAAUGACGCAGAUGAAUUAGAAACGAAUAAGGUUGGUCUAGUGAAUAUUACAUUGUGUAAUGGUUGCAAAUUAUAUUUCUUAUACAAAACUAGUUUUAAGAAGCAUGUAGUCAAGUGUAAAAGAAAAAUGAAGCACUUUGAGUCCUCUCUUGGAUUGAGGACACGUGUGAUAGAUUCCAAGCACACCAUUACACAGGGCUCGCAAUUGUUCACAUCUUCAAGAAAACUAAAACAUUUGAUUGACCGCGGAAGAGUGGCUCAAAAUGACGUUAAACGCUAUAAGUGGUAUACCUUAAAAAAAGAAAAGGAGCUAUUUGUUGCAUUAGAAGGGAAGGAUAAGAAACUAUCCACUUCACUUAAAAACAAAAGUUUGAUGAGUAGAUCUUCAUUAACUGAAAUAAAAUGCAACGUGGUAGUUCCAUCAGAAGUUUUUACACAAAAGCACAUUGAUGCGUGUAAUAGCCUUCGGGAUAUGAUUGUCAUUGAUCAGUACAGAAGUCCGUCUUUGCUCAAUAAUCAUAGUGGCCAUAAAGAUCUUUUAGUGCCUAAAGCUAAACCAGUGCAAGAAGAGGUUACAGUCAAUAAACCACUACAAGAAGAGGUUACAGUCAGUAAACCAGUACAGAAAGAGAAUAUAGUCAAUGAACCAGUUCAAGAAAAUGUUACAGUCAGUAAGCUAGUACAGAAUGAGAAUAUGGUCAGUAAACCAGUACAGAAAGAGGUGCCACCCAGAGCACCAAUACAGAAUAAAGUGAAAGUCAAUCAACCCGAAGAGAAAGAGGUGCCAUCCAGUAAACCAGUGCAACAAAAGGUGACGAACAAUGAACCAGUCCAGGAAAAAGUUAUUGCCAGUAAACCAGUCCAAGAAAAACUGGCUGCUGUAAACAGUAAACCAGUCCAGGAAAAUGUUGCUACUGUAAACAGUAAACCAGUCCAGGAAAAAAUUGCUGCUGUUAACAGUAAACCAGUUCAGGAAAAAGUUAUUGCCAGUAAACCAGUCCAGGAAAAAGUUAUUACCAGUAAACCAGUCCAGGAAAAAGUUGCUACUGUAAGCAGUAAACCAGUUCAGGAAAAAGUUGCCACUGUAAGCAGUAAACCAGUCCAGGAGAAAGUUAUGACCAGUAAACCAGUCCAGGAAAAAGUUGCUACUGUAAACAGUAAACCAGUCCAGGAAAAACUAGCUGUUGUAAACAAUAAACCAGUCCCAGAAAAAGUUAAUGCCAGUAAACCAGUCCAGGAAAAAGUUAUUACCAGUAAACCAGUCCAGGAAAAAGUUAAUACCAGUAAAACAGUCCAGGAAAAAGUUGCUACUGUAAACAGUAAACCAGUAGAGGAGAAGGAUGCUUUAAUGACUAAUAAUACUGUAGAUGGAAGUAGUUUAGAGAAGAAAGGCUGUCAAAAAUUAACGGCUAAUAUGACCUUAUAUUAUUCAGGUGGUGAGAUGUCACACGAGCAUAAACAGAAUGUAAAGUCGGAAACUUGUGAGGGUAAAGUAUAUAAGAAAAACCCUGAAAAAAUGAUAACCCAGAAUAGUGCUAUUUCACUAGAAGGUCCCAUUAGAUAUCAGACAGAUGAUAUGCAUCAUGAUAUACAAUCUGUGAAUGUUUGUAAUGGUUCUGAUAAGGCUGUGAAGGUGAGUGAAACAUUGGAAAAUGUAAAUAAAGAAAUUUCUCAAAACAAAGCUGGAAUAAAGAGGAAGGAAUCAUAUGAUAACCCCAUGCCAAAACUUAGGAAGGUGGCAUUGGAGCAUGAAAAUGUUGAAAAAUGCUGCCAAGGGUCUCUUCACACACGGAGAAGUGUGCGGUUAGAGAGUGUUACAAAUUAUUGUCCUGGCUGUUCAGAAUUUAUAGACAUAAACACAGGUAUAUUCAACACAAAAACAUAUGUGUUUUCCUUCUGGUGUAAAAAAUGUGCUUGGGAGAUAAUAUUUUAUUGAUCUAAAAUAAAUAGCAAUGAAUCAUAAUACUGUACAGGGGAGUAUAGUAUUUGAUAUGGAGAUGCAGUACAUUCCUGGCUCGAUUUGGUUACUUGUACAAUAAGACAACUGUUCAAUAAAUAAACCAGGGUAUAUGCAGGUUCAUAAAACUACAAUAUUAUUUAUUAAGUGCUGAUAAACACACUACAAUAUUAUUUAUGAAGUGCUGAAGACAGAUGUUGUGGUGACUUGGUGAUGGUGUGGGCGAGUAGCUGUUUGUGUGAUAUAAACAAAGUCGCCGGAAUUUAAUAUGGCGCUAUAACUUAUUUAAGGUUGAGUGUGGGAUUUUUUCUGGAAAUUUUAUUAUUUAACGGUAGUGUUUUAUUAAUUCGACACCAAAUGAACUUACUGGUAAAUAAUGCUGUAUGGGAAUUAUGGUGAAAUUGUAUAAAGACAUGCCAAAGGGAUUACAGUUGACGAGAAUGGGAGGUGAGUUGUCUUCUCAGUCCAGCCAGCACUCCCUCCCUCCCUCCACUACCUGCCACCUCCUCUCCCAAGCUACGCACCCAGACGUAAUUUUGUAUUUUUUUCACUCCAUUUCCUUACAUGCAAACAUUCCUUUGUAUAAGAACUGAAUAAAAUUUUCUAAACUUU